AUGGAUUGUGGGCUACCUUCAUCCGCUAAGCGGCGCCGGCGAACUUCAUCAGCUUCUCCAUCAGAUGGGAAACUGCUUUGUGUUCCUUGCUAUCGUAGGCGUGCGUCUUCGAGUAAAGGUUUCGAUAUAUAUCUUGUAGAUCUGAAUUCCACUGAAAAUCCUGUCGGCGAUUCUAUUUCCCCUACGCUUUUUGUUGACUAUUUCGAUGUCUGUACUGCUUGUGUUUUGGGGUCGACCCUUUAUUUGUUUCGGUCCAGCGAUGACUUGGAUGGUGACCCUGACUGCGCCGGUCGUUCGACGCCGGUAGCUACUGUCGAUCUGUUCAAAUACCGAAACAUGAAAAAUGUUGAAUUGGAUGAUAGUAUGGUGAAAUACAUCAAACCUAUGCGUCACCCAAAAAGGUUUCCGAGCGCAUCUGCAACCCCUGGCGGGAAAAUCCUAGUACUUUCCAGUCACAUCCUAUUUCAUCCGGAUGCUGGUGUUGACCGUCCAAAUGAUUUCGAGUUGUAUGAUCCCGCCACUGAUGAAUGGAAACAGCUCCCUCAGUUAUAUGAGAGGUGGGAUAAAGGUCGAAAGAGCUCUUGUCUCUACUCUGUUACCAUUAAAUCUUUUAUUUUCAGGUGGGAGUCUGUGUUGGUGGUCACCACCGAAAACGGGAUGUUUGAGCUCGAUUUGGAAUUGUGUGGAGGAGGGUGGCAAGACUGCUUAGCCCCUGCUUGUAAGAUUCCCAGAUAUUUCGGUUAUCCCUGCCUUUCAGCUAUUGAAGGAGAGUUGUCCUUCUCCCAUGACUAUGUUUUCGAUGUGGAUAUCCCGAUAUCAGUGCCCAUAGUGCCCAUCUGUUGUCAAUUCCCACCAAUGCCAUUGUAUAGUCAUGAUGAUUAUGAACUUCAAAUGGCGCUUGCUACAGUCCAGCCCUCAGGUUGUGGCCGGGAAGUCGUAUUUUGCCGUGUUCAGACAGCUCUAAACAAACGGUCCAAACGACCCCCGCGCAUGGAUAUACAAGUGUUCAAGUGUGAUAUUGCCAGAUACAGAGAGGAUAAACAGGAUAUGCUGAAAAAAGCUCAAAAGGAGCUGAAAAAGAAACAACACGUACAGGAUAAGGUCGGCCCGUUUUUACAAAUACCAGCCCCUCAAGUUCAACUUAGUGGGAGACUCGAAAAGUCUUUGGAGUUUGUCCUAGAAACCCGGCGUUGCUCGGUUUUCAUUCCUCGGGAAUUGUCUUUUCUUUCUUUCGGCACCGACAUGACUUGA